GCGCCGCGCGUCCGGCCCGCCCGCGGGCCAGCUUCUCUCGGGAGCCCCCACCCAGGCGCAUGGCUCCAUGAAGCAGGAGGAGGAGGCAGAGCACGAGAGGUCCCGUCCGCCCCAGCCGCGUCUGGGCCAGGAGAAAAGGUACAGGAAGAAGGAAUGGAAUCCGAAGGAAGAAAAUUCAUUCCAGAGACAAAAUAGCUCCCCUCCUCUGUUGUAGCUGUUCCUCUGGCAAUACAAACUUUCUGCUUUCAGGUUCUGCAGCAUUCCAGACCUCGAGCACUGAAUCAGGAUGGGAAAAAGACGUUGUGUUCCCCCACUCGAGCCCAAGUUGGCAGCAGGCUGUUGUGGGGUCAAGAAGCCCAAAUUAUCUGGAAGUGGAACGCACAGUCACGGGAAUCAGUCCACAACUGUCCCCGGCUCUAGUUCAGGACCUCUUCAAAACCACCAGCAUGUGGACAGCAGCAGUGGACGGGAGAAUGUGUCAGACUUAACUCUGGGACCUGGAAACUCUCCCAUCACACGAAUGAAUCCCGCAUCGGGAGCGCUGAGCCCUCUUCCCCGGCCUAAUGGAACUGCCAACACCACUAAGAAUCUGGUGGUGACCGCGGAGAUGUGCUGCUACUGCUUCGACGUACUCUACUGUCACCUCUAUGGCUUCCCACAGCCACGACUUCCUAGAUUCACCAAUGACCCCUAUCCGCUCUUUGUGACGUGGAAGACAGGGCGGGACAAGCGGCUUCGUGGCUGCAUUGGGACCUUCUCAGCCAUGAAUCUUCAUUCAGGACUCAGGGAAUACACGUUAACCAGUGCACUUAAGGACAGCCGAUUUCCCCCCCUGACCCGAGAGGAGCUGCCUAAACUUUUCUGCUCUGUCUCCCUCCUUACUAACUUUGAGGAUGCCAGUGAUUACCUGGACUGGGAGGUAGGGGUCCAUGGGAUUCGAAUUGAAUUCAUUAAUGAAAAAGGUGUCAAACGUACAGCCACAUAUUUACCUGAGGUUGCUAAGGAACAAGAUAAUUAUACUGGGGUAACAUCUGACAGGAAGGACGCAGGAGCAGGGAGCCUGGGGACAGCCAUUAUGGCAUGUGUCGGGCUAUCAUCUCAUGUCUCAGAGUCUCCACGGGACUGUCAGACAGACUGGGCGUCAGACUGGGAUCAGAUCCAGACAAUAGACUCCUUGCUCAGGAAAGGUGGCUUUAAAGCUCCAAUUACCAGUGAAUUCAGAAAAACGAUCAAACUCACCAGGUACCGAAGUGAGAAGGUGACAAUCAGUUACGCAGAGUAUAUUGCUUCCCGACAGCACUGUUUCCAGAACGGCACUCUUCAUGCCCCGCCCCUCUACAAUCAUUACUCCUGACACACGGCUGCAUGACCAGUCCCACCCCCCUGUGGCCGCCAAUGGCUAUGACAUCAUUGGAGCAGAUGCCUCCUCUUCCUGGUCCAGUUACUUCUAUUACUGCACCAUUUUAUGAUGCUAGCUUCCGUUGCCAAGUCUGCCUCCCGCUGACUGAGGGAGGGUAGGGUUACCUUGAAUGAAACAGAACUUGAGGGGCCCAAGCCUUAUCUCAGCCUUUCCUCAAUAUGGGGUUCUGUUGGAUUGGGGCUCCUCCAUGACUGGUGGGAAUUCCUGUGUGGGUUCAGAAGACCCUUGUCUGGUAUUUGCCACAUGGGUGUUGGCCACACGCUGGAAGCUGAAAUGGAUGAUCCCUGAAGGUUGAGCCCACACACACCCCUGCAGCCUCCCCAGAUGAAGUAGGUGUAUUCCCGUGGCAGUCUGGGCAACGGAGACCAACAAACAUUUUUAGGUUGUUUUAAAUUCCUUUUUUUAAACUUCCAGUUUAUUGCGUACCAAGAGUUGAUUACAACCUCCAUGCUUCAUAAGUGGACGCCACGUUAGGGUUGGACGUGGGCACCACGAGUCCUUCGAGGCUCCUGGACAGAGACCCACAUCAAGAUCGGAAGCCCUUUGGGUGGCGUUGCAGAUCUCAUUGCUCAGUAGGCCGUGAAGAUUUUCAUCCUCAUCCCACUCUCAGUUGGAUUUUCUGGCACUCUUCCUGCAUCGAGUCUCCUGAUGACUGAACAGAGCUCCGCGGUGUAGCCUGCCGAGGAACGGAAUGGAGUGUGCAUGGGAGGUCCCGCCGUCAUCACUGCACGCAGGUGCCAAAGGAGAGACCUCUUCUGCACCGCCCGGCUACCUCACUCCUCUGCUGGUAGCAGUGCCUAGAGCUGGACCUAGGUUCUCAGAAGCACACACGUGCAAACAAGCGAUGGAGCUGGGCUUUAGGAGGGGAGGACACAUCAUAGGAGAGAACCCAGGGUCUCUGAGCUGGUUUUCUUUUCAGACAGACAUCCGAGGGGCCUGUAAGCAGGGCAGUUCCUUUUUCCAGUUUGCCUGUAGAAGUGGGAAGACUGUUGAUGUUUCUGUCCUUUCCAGGACUUCAGAAAACAGUGGUGUAAUUACACAAGGUGGAUCUUUAUCUUGCCUAACAUGCUGGGAAUCUUCACCCCACCAGGGCAAAUUUCCAAAUAGCUCAUUUUGUUCUAGGUCUUUCAAACUUUCAUCUGACAUACUUCCCUUUCCCAUUGUCGCUGAUGUCCCAGUCGCUGUCAGCAAUGUUUUCCUCUCUCCUUGCCUAUUCUUCACUUAUUUGGUGGCAAAGUUCAUAGAACUAGGGGACUUGGAAGAUGCUUUGAAAAUAUCGUUACAAAGGCACUGCUAAAAUGAUUCACAGGAAGAGUGGCCAGUUGGAAGAAGGAUCCUAAGGAUGUGACACUGGCUUUCAACAACAUGCUUAGAGAACUCUUGAAGUGGAUUGGGUGUCCACCCAGUGAACAUAACGUUUUUAUUUAAUUUAUUUUUUGCAGUUUAUGUGGUGAUGGUGUGGCUUUCCGAAAUGGGCAAAUAUUCAAAAGAUCAUCUGCAUUUUCUUCUUCCAGGAAUGGGGAAGGGGACGGGGGCACAGUCUGAGAAAGGACACCUGUGCUGUUCUAGGCAUCGCUGGCAAGUGUGUGGGAAGGGAUGGGCAAGGGUGAGUGGGUGUGCUCCACACCAUCCUGUGCUGCUCAGGAGGACCUGGGAUGUGCGAGGGAAACGUGGGUGACGGUGCCUAGGCCGCGGCCCUUCACUGCCGUGUGGGUUCCUGCAGCCUGCUGCGUUUCCCUUGGCAAUGUAAAUGAAGAUGGAGGGGUCAUUUCAUGAUUUCCUGCUGCUGAGAAUAAAUGUCUUGUUAAAAACGUGGCAACGGUUACUCUUAGGUGCCAUGGAUUGAUGAUGUCAGGGUGGUCAGCUCCGGACUAAGCCACCCACCUCCAAUUUGUACAACAGUAUUGAUACAUAGGGCUACACUCAUUACUGUUCAAGUGUUCUAUGUUAAAAGUUGUGUUUAAUUUCUAAAGAUUAAAAAAAGCAAAAAAAUUGGUGCUAAACCUUCACCCCUGAGCACGCUCAGUGAGACUGGUCAUGCAAGCAUUUACAGUGCCAUGCUCCUCAAGCCGAUUUUUUUCUUGUAGAAAUGUUGCCCUAUUUGUCUUCUCCAAUGUAUGUUAUUUUAUUUUAUUUUAUUUUAUUGAGGGGGGGUAGGAAACCUGCCAUUUAAGAAAAUGAAUAGAAAAAUUUUAAAACCCAAGAAAUGGGGAAAAAAAAAAAAAAUCAGUGCACAAGAAUCGGGCUGCUUAGGCCCAGCACCACACUGAAGUGGGCUCAGUGGUUUUGGAGUGAAGAGGCCUUACUCCCUGCACAUUCCCUCAUGCUCCCACACCAGUCCAGCAAUGGAAACGCUUGGGUUCUUCUUGCUUUGUCAAGGGGACUCAGGAGUCAACCAAGGGGAACCAUUUGGCCCCGUGAGGAAUGGACAUUGUCAGUAUCCGUCCUGAACGGGGCCUAGUCAGGAAGCGGUCUAGAAGUGUACGGUUGUGGUCGCCUCAUGAAAGUGUGUAGCAGGUGGCUCUCAGGAAAAAUACCAAGUCUGGAUCAUCCAUGUGGCAGCUUUGCAUAGGGAGAAGACAGCUCCGAACUGGAACUGAACUGCCUUCUGCAUGCUUGACCAAAGCAGUGAUGAGGGUGGCCGGUACCUGCAGUGUGCAUGGUAGGUUUAAAGAAAAGGGAAUGUGUUCUGCUGUUUCCUUUGUCCUUGGGCUGCUCAAGCUGGACAGUAGGUAACCACUGUUUUCAAGGACCAGCCCAACUUCUCUGGCUUGGUUCGGAGUUCGUUUCAUCCCUAGCUGUGAGUGCCUUUUGGUCUGGAAAGUUGGCUUGUCUCAUAAUACCCACAGCUAGGACAUUCUCUCUGUAAUUAUGAAUUGUCCUUGUUUUCCAUUAAAAGAGAAUGUCUUUGAUCACUAGAGUUUGUCGGUGUUGGAUUAUUUCCACUGUGAGAUUCUUAAAACUUUUUCGCUUCAUAAUAAAACAACUCAUGUUAGAGACCCUUUCAACAUGAAAGGUUUGUAGUUGAGACAUUACAUUACAUAUAUUUUAUUGUUUAUAAUAAAAAUCAUCUAUACAAAAGUCCUGGGUGUUAAUAUUUUGCACAAGAUCUGUUUUCCAUGAUGUGUUGACAUCUACAAUUUCACUAACUGUUGAUGUUCUUUUCUAUUGAGAUUCUGGAGCCUAGGGAGCUGUGUUCUUUUUGUUCAUUUCGUUCUUAUUUCCCUGAAGCAAGAGACUAUAUGGCCUUCAGUGCAAAGACUUCAGACCAAUUCUUUGUAUUACACUUGGUUGCCUCUUGGCUAUAUAACUUCUGAGUGCAAAUCAUUGAACUCUUUAACGAAGUAUUGUAGAGAAUAAAUCAUAAUGGAUAAA